CGUAGGUUGCUGUUGAUGGAUUAUCAGUCUGAUAUUCUGUCUCAGGGCACCUGUAGCUCACAUGGCAGACACAGAGUUGAAUAACUGGGCUGGUCAGGAGACAUCAUACAGAGACCCACUUUGCCGUUACACUUGUCAGCUCUCCUAAUUUUUGACCUUUUUUGGCUUAAAUAAAUAUUUCAGCUCAAGUUUUCAACUUCUCUUGGACUCCUUCUUUCAAAUGAUGAGUUUAUUCAAGUUAUUCCAUAUCGACUAUCAAAGAUGUGAGUGCUGAAGAAAAAACUUUACACUAUGGUUCAUGAGCAGGAUAUUCAUCCCAACCACAUUCAGACACAGAUUCAAAGAACACGAAGCAAAAUUCACCUUUGUGAUAUACUUACAGGUAAACACAAUCCAGUGAUGCAGGUCUGCUUCACUGCUGUGUCCAGUGAAGUCUGCGUGACAGGCAAAGGAUGCCCGGAUUGAGGAGGUGUGUACAUGAGCCAUGUUUAUUGUUUAGGUCAGUGUGGGCCAAGUUCUUCUGUCUUUCAAUCUUCUUAUCUGGAGUAAAUUAGGCCUGGAGGAAGUGAAGCGUCACAAACAGCUUUACGGAUCAGGCUCAGGGAAACAAGACCACAGACGAGUCAAUUGUUCCCUACGCACUGAAGAAAAUGACCCGGAACCCAACAAAGCUCAGCCCACUGCUCUGUCAUGGCUGCCAAACUGGAGGCUGCUGGGAUAAUGGAAAAAGAUGACAUCAUAUCUUCUAAACAGAAAGAUGAUGAAGCUGAAGGGAAACAGCUUAAUUUUACGGAGUAAAUAUACCUUUAUCUCUCUUUUUUCCAUCAUGUAGUUUAGAUUUGUUCUUAUUCAGUGGUAGAAAAUAUUUCCAGUGUGUUUUGUUGUGUUUUAGUAAUGUGGAGGGGUAAUAUGCUGCAGUGAUGAGGUAAAAUUUGAACAACAUUAAAUAAAAAAAAACAAAAACAACUAAGACAAAGAAACUAAAAAAACUAAGACAAAGAGGAUUAACACUAAAGCUGAGCUUAAAAAUCUUUGAAUAUGUAAAAUUUGUCAUCAGUAUUCUGUUCGCUUCUGUAAAUAAAUAAAAUUAUGAGUUUGCAAUCAGCAUCCUGAAUGACACAGAUUUAAGGAGUCUAACCCUCCAACAACUCAGUAUAAAUCUGAGGAAGUGCAGCAGGAAAGUGGCUUCACACUUCCGCCACCUCGAGGUCUAAACCUGAUACUGCAGACUUCCAGCAGGCAGUCCAGGAGAGAGUGUCCAGAGGUCCCACUUUAGUUAAAACAAGUCCUGGAUUGUUUUUUCAAUGAGCUCUCUUUAAAUUUAAAUAUCAUCAUAGUUGAUCAAAUAAGACUGUAUUUUAUGAUUUAUCAAUCAGGGAUAAAUCUGUUAGCUGUAUUUACAUUAGUCGUAAUCAUAGGUGCCAGAGGUCAAACCUUCAGACAUUUUUUUCUUUUUCCUUGCAUUAAUUUUAAAAUUGAAAAUAAAAUCACGAAAUAAUUACUGUUCAAGUUAUACAAUAUUGUAUGGUUUAAUAGAUGUUGUUUCUUUGUCAUUUUUGCUUGUUUAAAUUGUAUGUAAGUAUUUUAAUUCAUAGGAUAUUUUUUAGGAUGGGUUGUACAAUAACCUGAGUUUGUCGAGGUGCUAAACUUGUAAGAAAACUAUCUCUGUUUAAAAAUACUCCAAAAUAUUCAUCAAGUUUUUACUCAAAUACAAAAAUGUGGUUAGUUAGUCUUCUCACUGCCUGCAGGUGUUAACUCCCAGCAACCAUCACAAAGCUGAUGUUUCAGUGUUCUUGUGCCCUCUAGAGGUCAAAUGAGACAAGCUUGAGCAGCUUUAUCAUCCAUAAAGGCCAUUUCCUGUAGAAAAGCUCCAUUCCGUGUAACGUUAUAUGAGCAACAUGGUCUGAAAAUUGUGAAUAAGAUAUUUACACUUAAGUGUGGUGGUAUUGGAAUGAUUUGGAGCUGCACUGAGUAUUUUUACUGAUUUUUACUGACAUGUUAGAUUUCGGUCAGAUGUUUUUGAGUGAUGCUGGGCUUGAGUUCUCAUAACCACCUAUCUUACAUACAGCCUACAGAAAAACACAUCAAACUUGUACUUGAGUUAAUGAUUUACAUUAACUCUUAACUACAUUGUAGUAGAACUGGGCUACAACCAAUGGUUCACAUAAAAGUAAUGGUGCCAGAUUUUAAUAAUAGUCAGUAAAAAAAGAGAUGUUAAAAAUUUACUCUGGCACCAAAUGUUUAAGUAUCUAUUAAGAAAAGUAAAGGUAAAAUGAAUUUAAAAAAAUUAAAGCAUCUUCUAAAAACAAAAGUUUCAGAAUAGUGUUUAUCACUAGGUUUUAAAUCUAAAUGUUUAACCGUAACUUUAACAUUACACCUGUAAACUUCAUUUAAAUGGCUGUGUGUACCCUCAGUUAGAGCUAUGUCCUUAAAGCUCCCUUGCCAACAUUUUGCUGGCCUCGAGGGACAAAGGCAGACCCCACUCCUGUGUUGAUCUUUUCUAGCACAUGCAUAAGUAGAGUUUUCUGGGGGGAAAAAAGUCAUAUCCUGGUUUCUUUGAGAAAUUAAUUGACUAUUUGUCUUGAGUAUUAAAGGGAAAGUCUAGCGUAAAAUUAAUUAAUUUUCAUAUAGAGUGGCGUUUUGGUUGAGGUUUGUUUAUUGCUCCUCAGACUGCUGUGUAUUGCUAUCGUGCUGUUGUUACUAAAGUUGGUAUAACUGGAGAAGCAAGCGGUCGGCAACAUUCAUCUCUCGAGGGGGUGUCUAACUCGGUGUUAAAGCAUGUUUAACCCUAAAUUAAUUUUACACCGGAAUAUUCCUUUAACUGGGGGGAAAGUGGCUCUGUUGUUGGUGUGUCUGUAGUGUCAUCUGACACCCGUGGCAGUGGUUACAGAGAUCAAAAAUUACUCUAUUGAAAUCGUCCCUUUUGUCUCUGAUGGUCUUGUUUACUUUGGUAGCUGCAUUUCACUUUGUCAUGGCAAGAUAAAACAAAUUCUCACAGGAGCUUUAACACUAUUUAUAUAUGAUUUAUAAACACUGUCAUUUCCUAAUACUUGGAUCGAUAGAAGUUUAGAACAGAAUGUGUAAUAAACUACUUUCUUUUGAAAUUGUAGGGUUAUUGAGAAAACACAAGAGCAGUUUAAGGACUGGAACUUUUUGUUGAACACUUGAUUUUUUAAAUUCACUCACUAUUAAAAAAUAUCAAAAGUCUUAGUGGACUUCCCCUCCUCUCCUCUCUCAGUCACUUCUAAUGUUUCCCUUUUGCAUAAAACAUAACCAGCAGUAAAUGAAUCUAUCUAUAGUAGUUAAUGAAGACCCUCCUCCUCUUUCCCCCCUCUGAAAAUGGGGAGCAGGAACAUGGUGAUGGUCUGGGUGUAUGUAGGCCAGUGAUGGGCCUUUGCCUGUGCUUUGGCUUAAAAAGUUCAAGUCAUUAUUCUUCUCCUGCUUCUAUUCAGACGGGGUCCCGUUGGCUCAUUGUUAUUCUGCCCGAGUGACAGAGAGAGAGGCAGAGGGAGGCGGACACUGAGCAUGAGGCUGACUGCUCUGGGAGCUGCUUGUUCUGGGCGGGGGUUUCUAGUCGGUGGUCGGUUUUUCUGCGGGCGUGAAGGCAUGUUGGUAAUCGGCUCAGUAAUGAGGAGAGGUACAGAACGGCACCAAAUAUCUGACCCCGAUUCCUGGGAGUAAAGAGGGGCAGAAAGAGGGAGGAAGUGUGUGAGAGAGAGGAGAGAGAGAGAGAGAGGCAGAGAGAGAGAGAGAGGGCCAUGUGAAAAAGGGGUGGAGGGGAGGCUGAGAUUUAGUGCUCUGCUGGAUGAAACAACCCCCCACUAACUAACAGAGAGGGAAAGUAGCCUAAUAGGAAGAAAGGAGGGGGUGUUGUACUCUUCAUUUAACACUCAAAGACGCACAGGAAGCCUUUAUCGUUCCCCACAAUGACAUCUGAAAAGGUAUGUAACUUUUUAUUGGAAAAUAGCUGAAUUAUAUGUUGCACUUGUACAAAGGGAGUUCAACAGGUAGCUGCUGCUGUGGACUGUUGGAGCAAAUGGCCGGGUGCUUUUUGACACAGAGGGAAACAUCCACUGUGAAACUUAUCAUCCGUCUAUUUACAAAAAGGGGUUCACUUAUCCUCUUUUUUGUUAUUUCAACAACCCUAUUUGAUGUAUUUAGUGAAACUGACUGUAAUGUUGUUUAAGAAAGACUCAGUUAGCAUUGGAGUUCAAUUUGAGCUGCAUUUCAACACUGUUAACUGUUUUACUGACUUUUGAUUUGUGUAAAAACCAAAAUUGUACAUCAUAACAAGUGAAGAGCAAAAUAGUUUUGUUGUCCUGAUUUUUUGGAGUCCUUUGAAACUUGAGGGAUAAAGUACAUAGCGGUGUCAUUAAGACUGCAACUAUUAAAUGUCAGGAAAUGGAUGUAAAUGUCAAACGGCACAAAACAUGUUAUAUUUAUAACAGAAAAACAAGAAAGUUAAAUCCCACUAAUUUAAGAUUAUUAGGGAGCAGAAGUUUGGGAUGUUUAAUUAAAUUAGACGUGGAAUAAAAAGGCUUAAUACACUUUAUAUAUAAUAUAUUUUUUUAACCUAUCUGAGGCUCAUUCAAGUGGCAGUUAUGUUUUAAUCUGUUUGGGGAAAAUUGCGUCGCCCAAACCACAUGAAUGCACCUUCUGUAUCAGUUCUCCAACCACCUGCAGACUUUUCUCCUGCUUCCAGAAAACAAACACUUUAUUUAUCAGAAUAAAACCACACAGAACUGCGAAUAUAAAUGCAGAGAUGCUGCAUCCAUCUUCAGCAUUUCACCGAAUCUUUCAAACAACAUGCUAUAAAGCUUUUAACAUCAUUUGUAAUGUAGCGUCCGAACAGUACACUGUUGUAGCUCCUCGGUUAAAUUACAGACUACACCAGGGUGGCCCUAAUGAGCAAGAGUCUGGAAAUGUUUUCUUUGUGUCAUAUACCAUUAGUUGAUCUGGGUCACUGUUUUCUCUGUAAUCUCGCUGUGAUAACAAAGGAGGGUUGCUCAGGGAAAACAGGGAACAGGGAUUUUGCCAUCAAAUCCAGACUGGAAAGCCUUUGACCCUGGAUCAGUCCCCCCUUGAUCAUCCCCUCGGCUGAGGAAACAUCAUUGUCGCAUGUUUAUUCAGCACUUUGACACCUGUGACUCGCUCUGGAGGAGCCCAUUGUUCUUAUCUGAAAUGGUAUAACUCGCCUGGCCCUCAAAUCUUGGGGAAAUAUUUGGGUUGCCGAAAUGUUGCGAGGUGAUAAUGUAGAAACUGGCAGGCUUAGACACAGUAGAGCCGUGUGAAAAUAACAGCGCCGCCCUUAGACAAAUCCCAAGACGGUCUGACAUCCUCAUCACUUGUUGUGGUGGUGGAUGGCCUUAAAAGUCCCCUGGCGGUCUCGAAUGCUGAUCUCACGCUUUAUAAUGUCUCAAAUAGGGGUGAAAAGAGUCGUUUUAGUCGUGAUGCUUACUGUUUGUUGUCUUUAAACAGUAAAAUUUUCCUUUAGAGAAGAAAGUGACAUCUUCAAAUUCCUUGUUUCUGUCAAAAAGUCAAAUGUUUGCAUUUUAAUUUCAGUUCCUUUUAAUGAAGGCAGCACAUUUAGGCACAUAAAGGUUGUGUUUGGUAUUUCUAAUCAUUUAAUACCUGUAAAUUCAUUCCAAUGGUCUAACCCGUGUGCAGUAAAAUCAAAUGAGCGGGAGCACCUUUGGUCACAGUGACCUUUCUUGAGUAUUGUACCUCUUUCUUUUCCCUGUCUUCCUCUUUAUUGCUGAACUUUCAGAAAAAGGUCAAAGUGCCCCAAAAGUAUGUCAAGAGAGAGAGAAUUAGAAAAAAAUGCUUUGACUUUUGGAAAUGAAGAUUGAAACACUUCAGUUUGUCCUUUGUUCCCAUUUUCAUUUCAGAGUCAUUGGGAUUUCUCGUCACUCACUUGCAGUAUCUUUUUACCUUUUCUCUUUUAGUGGAUCUUUGUUUUCUGUAAAGACUAGGACCCAGAAGAAUAUAAAUAAAAAACAAUACAAAUAUACUAAGUGGCUGGUCCUAACAAGAAGAAGAAAAAUGUCCCGAACAGAAGAAGUCAACAAGAUGACAGAAAAUGUCUACAAGGUAGGACUCAUUUAGACGUCUUCAUCACAAACCAAAUCUCACACAGUACAACCGGUUGUGAAAUGGUAGGAAAUAUCCUCAUACUGUUGCCAACAGGGGAUUCUGGACCAGUUUAAUCCCAGUCUGAAGAACUUUGUGACUAUGGGGAAACACUACGAGAGAGCACUGACAGGUUAGCCAAACACAGGCUUAUCAUUUUGUCCUCUGUUUUGAGUUUUUCCAUCGCUGAACAGGAUAUUUCUCCUAACAUGAACUCUCUUCUUCAGGAGUAACUGUGGCUGCCAAAGGCUACUUCGACGCUCUGGUGAAACUGGGAGAACUGGCGAGCGACAGCCAAGGCUCUAAAGAGCUCGGUGCGUGAGUGGGGAAAGUGGGGGGGGAGAACAUAAGAAUAAAUCUGCAAUGGCACCUAAUAAAGUGAAGAGAGUCGACUUGACAGCUGCAGGAGAAGAUGAAAACAGUCUGCUUGCAUGUGUCGUUGAAGGAGGAGAGGAAGACAUGAGUGGAAGAGUAAAUGUAGAGAGAGAGAGAGACGGAGAGAGAACAGAGGGAAAGGGAGAGAGUAGGGUCAUUGUUGGGAGAUUAACAACACCACAUGAUCUCAUUGUAAUGCUGAAAACAGCGGGGGAGGCAGGCAGGAGAGUUGGAGGGCGAGAUGCCAGCCACCACAUACUAGAGCGCUGUGUGACUGAGGGAGGCACUCACAGCUGACUGCCGCUUUGUAAAUGAGAGGCUGUGUGAAAACCGAAAGUUUAAAGGCAUUUUCACUCAUGCCUCCUCUCCAUGUAUGUGUGGAUGCUGAUUUUGCUUUAUGAUGGUCAUAAUCAGAAACUAAAUCACUUUAAAAGCUGCUUAUUUUUGUAUCUAUAUCAUACUUAAUGUUUCUUUACAGGAGACACACUGUUUCAGAUGGCUGAGGUGCACAGACAAAUUCAGGUGCAGCUAGAAGACGUGGUAAGAAUGAAUCAUCUCCACAUGUUAGUCAAUACUAUUCCCUCUAGAUGACCACAAAGAUCAACAUUAGAGUUUUUAGUUUAGUCCAAUAUUGGUAUUGUUGGAUACAUUAUGUUGAGGCUUCAUUUUGCAGUCAUCCUAACAGUAAACUUAUAUCUCAUCGCUAAGUUUUGAUGUUUUUAUCAACAGUUGAAGCUGUUUCACUCUGAGCUACUUGCCCAGUUGGAGCAGAAGCUGGAACUGGAUAUCAAAUACCUCACGGUAAGAUGACGUUCUGGCUAAAUUACUUGAUUUAUUAGCAACAAAACUUGCAGUUGAAUUUAUAGGUUUUUUUGUGUGUAAAAUACUUUUUGUGAUUAUUAUUAAAAAUAAGCCAUCACAAAGUCCAUUAACCUUGUUUCACUCGGACAAGAGGCAUUUCAUUAUGGAGUACAAUGGCACUGAAACUAAAACUAAAUUGUUCUACUUCAUGGCAAUUGUUCUGGAUACUGUCUCUAAAAAUCGUUCUGGAUACUGUCUCUAAAAUUCACAGCAAAUAGUCAUUGUCUAAAUUUGAGCAAACUUGUGCUUAAAAUGCAUUAAUUUCCUCAAAGUGAAAUUGUAGACACGCUGAAAGUUACAAGUGAGCAGAAUUUAAUUGUAGUGUUUGGCAGCAGUCCAUUUUCCAUUAAUUUGUCAAACCAAAGGAGCCACUUGGGUGAUAAAAAGUUAGAAUAGGUUGUUUUCUUUUGACGGUUUACUUUUUACUGUUAAGUAACGUCUGUUUCUUGUAGAACUCUUGUAUAAAAAGAAACACCACACAAGAGGUUGUGCUGUUGUUCUGGAUAUAAGCACAGCUGUGGUUAUCUCCAACAGUGUCACGACUGUCACGGUCCUGACUGAAAACAAAAUGAAAGAUGACAAAAAUUAAUUUAUUUAAAAGGAACUAAAAUAAAAGCAACAUAAAUUGUCAAAAAUCCAAAAUCCAACAACGACAAUGGGGGGGAAAAAAAACACAUGGAGACAUCGAAGUCAUACAGAGGCAUUGACAUACAACAUACAACAUACAACAUACAACAUACAACAUACAACAUACAACACAAAUUCACAAUGAACCAACAAAGAAACAGGGGAAAGCAAGGACUAUAUAUAUACACACAGGGAAACGAGCAACGAGAGGCAGGUGAGACACUGAGACACAGGUGCAGACAAUCACAGAGGAGGGAAACUGAGGAAGUAAAACAAGACUAGAAACACAGGGAAUAUACUACUACAAAAUAAAACAGGAAACUCUGAUAUCAGGAAUAAAACACUGAAAACAUGAGGGAACCGGGGUCAGACACAAACUGAAAACUUACAAGACAGGACUACAGGGGAACAGAAACAAUAGGGAACAGAAACAUUAGGAAGCACACAGAAAAUAAACUCAGAUAACCAAAACCAGGGGACACUAAAUACCCGAACAUACCAUGACAGAAAGUGUGAUCAUCAUCAAGCUAAUCCUGUAACACAACAGCUCUCCACCUCUGUGCUAUCACCUAAUGGUGUGAAUCUUCUGCUUUUCUCUCAGGCCACUCUGAAGAAGUAUCAGAGUGAGCGGAGGUCUAAAUCUGAGUCUAUCGAGCGCUGCCAGUCCCAGCUGAAGAAACUCCGCAGGAAGAGCCAAGGAAGUCGACACCCAAACAAAUACGGGGACAGAGAGAUGCAGGUAAGAGAGAGUCAGAGCUGAGAAAUACACGUGAAAAAACACACACACACAUGCACACAUUGGCUUAAGUUUGACUGUUUUCAUUUUGGGAAACAAAAAUCCUCCCAACAAAUGGAUCGUGUCACUCAGUAUUACAGCUGAUUAAAAUCCAGGGUUAUGUGAGUGUUGGAGUAAGAAAUAGGCCCGUGUGAAUAAGAUUAAAGAACAAUCUGCCUCAGCUGAUUUUUAAGAAAACAAGCAACUUUGUGCACGAACAUAUUCCUGAAGGAACGAGGAAUGACAUAAGAGGAUGAACCGAUUUAACCACUCGGAAGGUGAGAAAUAAAGGGUGAGCUUGAGGGUAAUGUGAGAGGAAAAGGUCAGCAGGUCAUUUGAUGGUGCUCCUCCAUUAGUUUCAUCAGGAUGUCGUGUCACAUACUCUCUCAGGUGUUUUUUUUAUUUCUGUCUUAGAAUUUAAAACUCACGUAUUUGACCUUUUCCUCAGUUUGUGGAGUUAAUGAGCCGUCGUCAAGGUGAGCUGGACGCGCUGGUUGCCACAGGUUACAAGUCUGCUCUCACCGAGGAAAGGAGACGAUACUGCUUCCUGGUUGACAGACAGUGUUGUGUAACCAAACUGCUUAUCAGCUACCACUCCAAGGUGAUGUACCCACAUUUACUCAUUCGUUUAAUCUGACGGCUUUUUAGCUUUCCUGUGUUCAAAUAUGAAAAUCCAGAUAAUAGUUACCUUAAUAAUAAUCCUACUAAUGAGUAGAAUUAACUUUAAGUAAAAUCCUGAUCGAGACGCUUCCUCUGCCUGGAAAAAGUUUAUAUUUCUCUUGAACACAUUUAUAAUCAGCCCCACUGUUAAACUUGUGGAAAUGUUCCUUCACUAAAUAAACAAAAGUACAGUAUUGUCUAGAAAUAGAAUCCAAAAUUUUACCUUUUCUUCUUCUUCUUUUUUUUUUUUUUCCGGGAAACUUUAGUGCCCAAGUGUUUCAAGAAGUGUAGGGCUUUUUGUAAAAUGAAUAAAAAAUAGUAUUUUUGAGAUUUAUGUUCCUGAUAAACAUGUUCAGUUGGCAUGAAUGAGAUUGACUUGAGAGCCACAGGCACAAAAGGGAAGCUGUAUUGAGAAAUCUGUUCUUGUAAGGGAAAAUUUGAUAAAAGCAGCAGUAGCUCAGGAGGUAGAGCGGUCGUCCAAUAACCAGAAGCGGUUCGAUUCCCCCCAAUCCUGAGUCUGUCGGUUGUGUCCUUGGGCAGGACACUUAACCCACUUUGCUCCCAGUGUGUGUCCUCCACUGGUGUGUGAUUGUGAGUGUUGUGUGGUGGUGGUUGGACGGGCCGUAGGCGCAAACUGGCAGCCACAUUUCCGUCACUCUGCUCCAGGGCAGCUGUGACUACCAAGGUACUUGACCGCCACCAAGGUAUGAAUGUGCGAGCGAAUGAAUGACGUAUCUAAUGUAAAGCGCUUUGAGGGUCUCUGAUAAAGCUCUAUAUGAAAUCUGAUGCAUUAUUUAAUUAAUUAAAAGUAAAAGGAUAAAAUAUCUUAAAACCCAUCCUGAAACAGUGUUGCGGUCUCUUCAUUUGUGUGUUUUUUAUGUCUCAUCCAGGUGAGAGAACUCCUGUCACAGAAACUCUCUUCAUGGCAGCUGUCUUGCUCUCAGCCCACAAAACUACCUGAGCGCGCUCUGAACCUGCUGCGUCAUACUGCCCCUCAAAGCUCAGGGGCCGCUGGGAUAGCCGAGGUCCUCCGCCACACCAAGCUGGGCUCCGCUCAGCCUGAACAGGUCAGAUGACUUUUUGUUUUUAUUGGGUUUUUAUUUGGUCAGACAUUUACUCCGGUUUGAGUCGAGCAUUUUUAGGUGUCUAAGUUCAUAAUCCCUGCUUCUCUAUUGUUGUUUGCAUAAUACGAUUAUGUCACGGGUUGAUAUUUUGAAACCCUUUCCAAACUUCACUGGAUUAACUCAGACAUCCAUUGUUGUAGGCAGGUGCAAAACAAGUCUGUUGAGACAUAAGUGUAAGUCUGUUAGAUUAUUGACUAAGAAGAAACAUUUGUGCUGAUAAAAUCCUGAAAUUAAAGUCAAACUUAAAGUAAAUAAAUAGAACUUUUACUUUUUUCAGAGGCUCUCUCUUCUGGAGAUCCCCACCAUGCUGAAUGGAGACUCCAGCCGCUCCCAACAGCAGCGUCAGCUCCCUCCUUCCUCCCAGAGUGACACCUGUCCUCCUCAGGGUUCUCCCCAGACUUUCUGCUCUCUCUCCUCUGGAGGGGCUGCCGGAGGUUCCUCACAGGGGGCGUCUCCUCAGCACAGCAGCUCUCCUCUUAAUGCAUCAGUCAGCCUCCUCCCUGAAAGCGGCACCAGUGGCAGCCCCAGCCCCUCUGCAUCGACUCCCACCCCGUCCAGCACCUCUGCCUUGCAAGGCCCUCUCCUCCUGACCACCAACACCUCCAACCUCUCUCCAAGUCUCAUCCCCUCCACUGUGAUGUCGCUCAGCCAGAUCUCCCCACCCAGCAGCUCCCUGCAGGGCAUGACCCUGCCCAUCACCCACAGUGCUCCUCACAGUCCUCCACUGCCUCACAGUGCCCCUCUCUCCAGGGCCAUGACUCCUGUGCAGCUCCUGCACCAGCAGGUGGGUCCAGGAGGGAGCAACACUUCAUCACCAUCCCAUAACCCUUGGUUGAUGAAGACGUCUGACAUGAAUACAACAGCAACACUGCCUCUGCCAAGGAGACCCAUCAGUGAAAUGAGGCUGGGGGGCUUUCAGGGUAAGAUGUGAUGAUUUGAAAAUUCUAAGUAAGUAAGUAAAGUUGAUUUAUAGAGCACUUUUCACAGAUAAUCAUCAAAAGCGCUGUACAUAAAAGAAGUGCAGUUAGAUAAACAGAAAACAGUACAAAAAAGAUAAGUACACAUACACACACAAAUACAUAUACAGUACAACGAAUAUGGAAAUAAGUGCAGAUAUAAAAGAUAAGUAAAAGAGACAAACAAAACCCUGUUAAUUAAAAACUCGUCUAAAUGAAAUAGUUUUCAACUGCUUUUUAAAAGUAUCCACUGAGUCGAUCAAACGGAGGGAGAGGGGCAGAUCGUUCCAGAAACUGGGGGCUACGUCUUUAAAGCUCGGUCUCCACGAGUUUUAAAACGGGUCUUUGGCACCAUUAGGGUGUUCUGGCCUGAUGACCAAAGGGUGUGCCCUGGGGAGUAGGGGCACAACAAAUCAGAAAUAUAUUGGGGGGUCUGACCGUGCAGCGACCGGAAAGUCAGAACUAAAAUUUUAAAAUGAAUAUAGAAAUUGACCGGUAGUCAGUGAGGAUGUGAGACGACAGGGGUGAUGUGAGCAGAUUUGGGUCAGAAGUCUGGCAGCUGAGUCUCUUUAUCAUCGCCUUAUUAAAACAGAUGAACACAGAAUUACAGUAAUCAAUAAUGAUCAAUUGUAGUCUUUUCUGACUUAUGCAGGAUUUGGUUCAUGUGAGAAUGAGGACAAACACUUAUGGAGUGUCUACUUAGUCAAAAUUCAACAGGAGAGCAGCUUUUCUUUCAAUUUAACACUUAUAACCAGCGUCUGAUUUCAUCCUUUAAAUUCAUAAGUAAUUUUUAACAACUAGAGCAGAGAAGAGUUUGGAAGAUCAGCAAGUUCCCUCGCUGAUAGAUAGAGCUGUGGCAGCCAGAGCGUGUCAAUGCCAAGGUUUGUCUUUCCCAACUAUGCCCUGAAAUGUUUACAAAUGAUCUGCUGAUGAAAACAGCUUUUAUUGUCGAGCAGCUGCAGCAGGAAACUAUGUGUUUGCAUUAGCAGUAAGUUGAUACAGUGCUAAUACAGCUGUUCUAGAGUAAACACUGAACUGUUACGAUGAAGAUCAUGCGUGCAUCAUCUCAAAUCCUCCCAUGCAGACUCGCAAUUCAAGUCCUUCCUGUGUCUGGGAGACUCUGCAAAUAAACAAUGAGAGCUACUCUGCACAGAGACACUCACUCAAUAUGAAAAUAGUGAUAAUAGUGCAUUAACAUUUUAUCCCUUUACGUCUACCCAGGCUCCACUCUCCCCAGGAUCAUGCCUUUAUCUGGACCAACUCGUGUGGAGGCCUUGUUUGCCCACUCUCCUGGGGAGUUAGAGGGCAGUGGAGGGGGUGGAGGAGGAGCCUGUUUACUGCACUUCCAGCAAGGUGACAGCAUCGCUCUGCUCAUCUCCGAGCCUAGAGACGGGUGGCAUUAUGGUCAAAAUGAGCGAACUGGACGGUAUGUAUUCAGAGGGAAGAAUGAAGAAUUUACUGACACAGGAGAGAGUGAACAAAAUGCAAAAAACAAAAGAGGGAUGUCACUCCUGUUUAACUUUGUUCCUUUUUUUCUCACCGUAAGAGUUUUAUUUUCCCGACAUUGAACUUGUUUUUUGUUCUUAUGCUGUGUUCACAUAAAGUAAUACCUUUCUUAACAGGAAAGGCUGGUUCCCUUUCUCUUACACUCAGCCACAGCACAGUGUGAUGGAUCACCUCGAGAGGUCAGUGAAGAAAGAAACUUGGCAUUUGAAGUGGUUGAUAAACUUUUGCGCUCCCAUAUUAUCGUGAAGCUAACUUAUGACUCGGUAGGACUUAAGCAGGACGUCAUAGCAUUCACUGACUCGAAAAAAUAGUGGGUUUAUUUUUCCUUGAAUUGCACUCCUUUCUUCUCCGUCCACAUUCUCAAUAAUUUAAAGCAUCUUCCAAGCAAAAACUCACAAAAGGUGAAGAAAAGCUCAGAGACAGCAGAGUGAUCCUUUCAGCUGAUGAAAUACCACAAGUUCAUAUUGUGAAUUCACGUUUCCUUUGUCUCUUGUCCUCUAUGCUCUUUUAUUACCCACUCUAUCUGUAAACCUUUGCUUUAGCUCCCUAUUCCUCUCUAAGGCUAACAGCACAAGUACAGGCCAGCUCGACAAGCUGGGCCUCCAGGCCACCACAGCCCUCACCCCAGACUCAGAGGAGGAGCGCGCUCUGCCCCCACAGAGGGUCAGCACCUUCCGCCCACGUCCGUACAGCAUGGCUGACACCAACAAGGUGAGAAACCUAAAGCCUUUCAGGAGGUCCUCAUGGUUUUCUGAGAAUUAGUCCAACUGGACAUCAAGAUCAAUGAAAGAGAAAGAGAUGAGUUGUGAUAAUUGAAAUCAAACAAAGUCUUCUUCACGUUACAGAUCUCUGCAGCACUGGCCUCUCCACCACCUUCUCCAACCAGGUAACUUCAGUCGAGCACACAGGCUCUCUGUGUGUCUUUACAGGGACAGGUUUGAUCAUUUGAUCUUUGGCUUGACUUUGGCGAUAUGUUUUUUUCUUAAAGUUGUAAGUUAAAUAAAAGAUAGAUAAUAUGACAUUUUAGCAUUUCCUGAUCGAUGAGCCACAACAACGACAACAGGUAUUGAAAAUCCAGAUGUUCCUCUUAAGUAAAACAACAUUUCACCAUCAAACACAAGUUAGUAUAAUAAUUCAGCCACUUCCUAGCACACAGUAUAUCACCCUCAACCAAAAAAUGUCUUUCCUUUUGAAAAUGUGAUACAAAAUUGCAAAAAAAGUUAUCAUGUUUGAUAUGAAAAUAAUCAAUGUAAUUGGUUGUCAUGAAAUUGGUGUCGCAUUUUUGUCCUUUAGGGAUGAAAUCUUAAAACGCUGUCUAUCCCUGAGUCCUAUAAUCUAACAUUUUGACCCAUGGCACUACAUUCAAACUUAUGAUGUUUCUAUCAGCCUCAGCUAUUCUCUGUUUCUGUGCUGACUAAGAAAUCUUACCAUGAUCAGCUCAUUGUUGGUAUGCCUAGUAAGCAUGUUGGCCAUCUGAUUUCAAUGUUAAUUCAUGUCCAAAACAUAAGAGACAAAAAAAGGUGACCUGCCCCAUAAAUGUGACAUACCUGUAAUUACUUUCUUCCUCACAGGAUCAAUCCAUUUGCCCACAUCCGACUCAGAAAAACUGUGACCAAUGACCGCUCUGCUCCCAUCAUUGAGUAAGCCUUUAAUCCACACCGCAGCACUCCUAUUUUCUUGGGUUUCUCAGUUCUUCGAACCUCAGGUUGAAUCCUGGAAACAAACAAACCCAUUGGUUUAUGUUACGUUUUUGUUGUUGUCAAUUUCUUUUUUGAUUUGUUUUUGUUUUCCAUCAAAUUAAUCAAAUACAGAUUGUGUUUCUUUAAAAAAGUGUUAAAUCAAAUUUUAAAGGUUUAUGUGUACAGAUCUGUUAUACAUGUGAUUUCAGUCCAUUCAGUUUGGAAAAUAUAAAAAACACAAUAAUGUCUGAGUACAUCUGAGAGAAAAAAUUAUAGGCAAGAUUUUGAGACAGAAUUUGAGAUAUUUUGCUGUACUAAGUUUAGAGUGAGAUUUCAUUUGUUCAGGAUAACUAACAUUUUCAGGUUUUCACUGGGAUAUGGAAAAUGCCUCUGACUUCUCUCACUGUGCAAUUCAACAGAACUUUUGAUGUAGAUUUUUGGUUGUUUUUGUGCCAUAUUAUUCAACUCUGUUUUCUUCAUGUGGUUGAUCGAAGGACUGGUUCCUAACAGCGGGUUGUGAACUUUUACUGUAACAAAGUGUUAUGGGAAGAGGACAGGCUCCUACUCUAAAAGUGCUAUUAAGAUGUUAUAUUCUUAGACAUGCUGCCAGAUUGAUGAAUUUUCUCAGUUUUGAUGAAGUUUAAGUUUUACAUUUAUUCCCAGUGUCUUUUCAAGUACAAAAGUGUUUUUUUGUUUAAGAAGGACUUGGUAUAUGUCAAUGAAAUUGGCCAUAAAAUGUUAUUUUUGAGUGAUUGCUACUGAGGAUUUACUGAGCAUGGGCAAAGCUGUUCAUAUUUUCGGUCCCUGUUGGCUCUAUCUAUUUGUUGAUUCCUGGUAACACGACAUAUUCUGCUGCUGUAACUUCACAUUUAAGUGUUUUAUGUAUCUACUUUUUCUUUUAUUAAUUUAAGUCUUAACUUGGCCUCAAAACGUUUUGUGACAACAAAUCCUACCUUUACUUUUUGGAAUAAUUGAUCUAUGAUAUUUUUAGGUUUUUAGAAGACUUUUAUUUUUCAGAGCAAGUCCAACAAUAAAGCCUCUGAGCUCCACAGACACAAACUGUGAGAAUUAAUAGAUGAAUGUUAAGUUGGUGGUAUGUUGACAGAAGUGUUUAUUUCAGAAAGUUGUAUGUUGUUGAAGGUUCAAAGUGUUGAGUAUGAAGGAUUUUCCUGAUUAGUCUUUGGGUCUGAUGUCUUCUUGGUUCCUUUACAGUCCCAAAUCUAAAGCUAGAAAACAUAUAGGCUAGCUGUUUGUAGCUGUAUGUUUACCAGUCAGACUGAGCAGAAUCUUUAAGGACCCAUGCUUGGAUUCUCUGGAAGGGGAAAUGUGUUUAUGAAAGUGAGGACGAAAGUGUACCAGAAAGUUGACCAAUGUCUGAGCAAGUGUUUAUGCUAAACUAGAAAUAUCCAAAGUACGACCCUUUAUUUCCGUAGUUUCCUUUAGAAAAGUAUGACUCAAUGAUAAAACUCUGUAUCUGUAAAAACUGGAACUUUUAUGUUGAUGUUUUUGUCGUAAUUACUGUGAUCUUGUAGCACCUUGAAGAUUUGAAAUAUUGCCCAAAAGGGUUGUAGGAAAAAAAAAAUUCUAACAGCAUUGAUCUUACUUUGAGUAGUCCUGCAUCAUUUUUAAAGAUGACAGCUAAAUGAUAGAGCUAAUGCUUAUCCAUGCUUGUUCAUAGUGCAAAAAUGUGUGAUUGUAUGACUUUUAUUUAACUUCUUUUGUCAAUAAUAUUUCCCUUUGGUAGAACAUUUGGACUUUGCUGAUGCAGUCAACACCAAGAAGUCAUGUUGAACUGAAAAUAAGGCCUCUUAGACAGUGACAGAGUGAAAAUGCACAGUGAUGUUUUUUCAUCUACAUUAGGUCUGAAUGUGUUUUUGACAAACACUAUCGAUUAAUCAAGACUUAAUUUAAGAGUGACUGGUGGCUGUUGUAGUUAGCCAUACUGAGCAGAGUGAAACAUAAACUGAGUUUGGUGCUGGUGUCUUUACAGUAUCAAUAAUAGGACAACAGAAAUAUGAUUAUUUCUGCAGUAAAUGUAAAACAGAAAUCAAUCUUUUUUUUUUUUUACAAAAGCAGAAUAACAUACUGAAUAAAUCUAUUAAUGUUACAAACAUUUAACAAGAUAAUGAAUGGCAAAAUCACACAUUAAUAGCUUAUCCUCAUACUAUUGUUUACCUGUAUAUUAAGUAUGUGUAUUAUCAGUGCAAUGUCACCAUUCUCCUCAUAACAGCUCCAGACUGAGACACUGUAUGUACAAAGCUGUUUGUGGCUAUUUGAUUACGGGAGAACUGGCACAAAAAAAAACAGACAAACAACCAAAGUCCAAAACUCCUCUACCAGAGCGAAAUAUUGUUUCUAUAUUGCACACCUGUUGUACACAGUUCAAUUAUUCUGUGAAAUAAAAAUAAAACUGUAAAUGGACGGUCAGUCUGUUCUACAUCGGACUACAUGUAGUCUGAACUACAUCGACAUGAAAUCCUGCUGACUGCAGAAGAUAUUUUACUAUGGUGGUGAACACUGCUGAAGACUUUCUUCAUCUGAAAAACUGCAUAUUGAUGUGAUGUGAAAUAAAAGUUCUAUGGAAAAAAU